ACGAGAACCUUCUUGCCUUCCAUGUUGAUUUUUCACAAUUAAUCAUGACUCAAUUUUCGGACGGUUUUCCCUAGGCCUUAAUAUACGAGUGUCGAGACCUGUUUAUAUGGUCGUAGUAGAGUACACGCACAGUAUAUGGAUUGUGCAAGCAUAGUGAUUGUUACGUUUGAAAAUACAUCAAGAUGAGUAAAAAACGUAAUCGACAACCAGAUGCAAAUGGAGAGUUAUAUGAAUGUUCAACUGAUUCGUGUAACGAAUCUAAUAAUACAGAUAAUAAAUGUCCACAUAUACCAAAGGCAGUAAAUUUUAAUAAAAUUAAGAAAUGUGUCAAUAAAGUAGGAAUUAGUAUGGAAUGUUCAAUAUGUAAAAAGUGCAAAAAUGAUUCAUCAAAACUCAAUGAAAAGGAAUGUGUAACAAAUUCAGCUGUAUUGAUUUGCUUACAAUGUGGAUAUCAAGGUUGUGGAAGAGAAGAAUGUGGUCAUGCUUUGGAACAUUAUAAGAAGCCACAUAGUGAUUGUCAUGUUAUGGUAGUUGAGAGUCUUUAUUGGAGUGUUUGGUGUUUUCAAUGUGAAACAAAGAUUAAUAUUGGCUGUAGAAAAAAGCUUCAAGAAACAGUGGAGUUUAUAAAAAGAUCUAGUACAGUAAAAAAUUCAUUACAAACUAAGACAUCAAUAACACAAUAUCAAAAUGAAACCGUAGAUAUAAGUAAAGUAGAUAAAGAAAAAGGUUUAUACAAUUUGCCUAAAGUAGGGGGUUUAAUGAAUUUGGGAAACACCUGCUUUUUUAAUGCAGUUCUGCAAUGUCUAGCACAAACACCUUUCUUAGUCAAAGUUCUUGAUGAUUUGCGUCUUCCUGGACAAAAAUUCAUUUUACCAGGAGGCAAACAUAAGUUUGCGAAUAACUCAGAAGAAGUUGAUCUACCACCAAUAGAGGGUAUUUUAGAAGGUUGGGGCAGUUUUACCUCAAUUUUAUGCAAAACACUUACAGAAAUGCAAAAUACUGAUGAACGUCAAUCUUAUCGUCCAUCAGAGUUGUUAAACUCGUUUAAAAAGAAAACAACGCAAUGUAUGGAUGGAGGGCAACAUGAUUCGCAUGAACUUCUCAGACAUCUUCUAGAAAUAGUACGAAAUGAAGAUCUCAGGAGGUACCAGAGUAUAAUUCUGAAAGAAGUUGGUUUGAACGAAAAAACUAAUCCAGAGGGUGUAGAAGAAAACCUCAAAUCACGUGUAAAAUUUUAUGGAAAUCAGGCUAGCUCAAGAUUACUUGGACCAGAACUUGUUUUUCGUGGAGUUUUAGUUUCAACAUUAGAAUGCUUGGACUGUCAUCAUUCUUCACAGAGUACAGAACCCUUCUUAGAUCUCAGUUUGCCGGUUAUGGCAGAUAAACCACAACCACCAGUUUUGAAAAGAAAAAACAAUGGCUUUGAAGAUACAUUUGAUAUAAUGGGAAAUAAUAUUUCACAUGUACCUUCAAAAUAUCAAUCAAAAAAAGAAAAGAAGGCUGCUCGGAAAAAACGAAAAAAUAAAAAACAAGACAUUCGUGAUCAUGGUGAUAGUUCUGUCCCGGAUAAAAGUAAUACUGUUGGAGAAAAUAAUAGUGUACUUGAAUCAGAAGAAAGCGAUGCAGAUGUGGAAGAUAAUGCAGAAAUAGAAGGCAUUCUUCCAGAAGUUGCUGAAUCAGGUUAUAGUUCAGAAAAACAGUCUACGUUAACAAGUCCUGCCUCUCCAUCGACCGAUACGAUGAAAGCAAGGGAAGCUACUAACGAAAUACCAUUGGAUAAUGACCUACAAUUUGGUGCAACAAAUAAUAUUUCCUUAAUACAACUUUUAAAUCGUUUUGAUGCAAAUUCGUUGCCCAGUUCGAGUUCGAAUGCAUGUACACCAAAUUUAUCGCAAACAAAAGCUUUAGAUGCUCUAGAUAGUUCUGAAAGCUUGGAAACUGAAAGUGGAAUCCAAACUAGAUUUUCUAUAUCUACUUCUUUAGCAAUGACUUCGGAUUUAACAAGUCCAGAAGAUCCAACUGUUAGUUUCAACCCGAUUAUGUCAAAAGAAAGUUCAAGUUCUAUGAUUACUUUAGCAAAUGAUGAAACUGUGGAAAGUAUUAAAUUAUCAACACCUAGCCUGAAUUUAAAGGAUUCUGUUAACCACAUCGAACAAGAAGCAUCUACGUGUAAUCAAUGGAAAACAAGGAGAAAAACAGAAGAAUGUUCUAAUGACGUUAAUAAUAGAAUUGAUAACAUCACUUCUGGUAUUUCAAAAAUAGGAAUUAAUGGUAGUCUUCAGCAAUCGCCUACUAGAUAUACAACUAAGGAAGGAGAAUGUUCCAUACAAUCGUGUUUAAAUCAGUUUACAGCUUUAGAAUUGAUGAGUGGGAGCAAUAAAGUUAGUUGUGAAGCUUGUACUGCCAGAGAAAGAAAGGUGAGACCGAAUUGUAAGAUGAUCUGCACUCCAAGUACGAAACAAUACCUGAUCUCUCGAGUACCCGCUGUUCUAAUCCUCCAUUUAAAACGAUUUCAAGCACAACGAGUCGAUUUUCGAAAAGUAACAAGGCAUGUUUCAUUUCCAAUAUUACUUGAUCUAGCACCUAUCUGUAAAAAUCAUAAAAAAGCUAGAAUUUAUGCACUGUAUGGUGUUGUUGAACAUAGUGGAACUAUUCACGGUGGACAUUACGUGGCUUACGUAAAGUCACGAUUAGCACUAACAUCAGAUGAUCCUCGAUGGUCAUUUUUGCCACCAAAAGAUGUUAGAGAUUUACAAGAAAGUUCAUAUUCUUCGAGUUCUGAGUCUGAAACUGAAGAAGCAGCUGCAGUUCCCUCAUCGACAGUAAGACCGCCACCCGGUAAAUGGUAUCAUGUUUCGGAUUCCAGAGUAACAGAAGUCGACGAAACAACUGUGUUACAAAGGCAAGCCUACCUCCUAUUUUAUGAAAGAAUUCUUUGAGCAUUUUGAUAAGUCUCAACCUGAGAUCAGCGAAAUCUGGAUUUUGCAACAGUAAAAUGCAAGUCAAAUGAAAAAUAAUAGAGCUAAUCUUAAAAUAUUAUAAACGACGACCAUUUAGACUAAUCAAGAACAAUACUAAAAUUUAUUUCUGGAGAUUUAGAUUUUAAUUUAAAAUUGACUGAUAUGUACGUCAGUUUGCAAUCGAUAUCAAAUGGAAAUUUUUAUUUAAAAUAGUUUUUCAUUCAAAUUAAUCACGUUGAGAAUACAUUAUAUAAUAUUCUUUUAAAUUAAUACAUGAUUUUACUAUACUUACUAGAACAUAAUUAUAAAAUUUAUUUAUUUUAUCAAAUAUUCAAUAUAUUUAUGUGCACAACCAUCUGCUAUCAGAUUGUGAGGAAGAUUUCAGAAGGUCAACAUUCUGAUAAAGUAUUAAAAUACUGCGAGUAAAGAUGAAAUUUAUGUUUAGAAUAAAUACAUAAUUAGUAAAUUGAAUUGGGGAUUAAUAUUUUAAUCGUUAAUUAAGUAAAAUAAUACAUUGACUUUUUAACAAAAUUGUUCUAUGUACUGUUACUAAUGAUAAAAUAAGUGUAAAGAUACACAUUUCAUGCUUACAAAUUUGAUGUCUUAUUUUUUAAAUGUUCAGCUAAUUGAUACCGUUUUGUAUUUUUAAAAAUUUGUUUCUGAACCAGUCAAAGUAAUAUUUAAAAAUAUAAUAAAUUUUAAACACACAAGUUACGGAAUAAAGAAGCUAUUUGUAAAAGUAAUACAUAUUUUGCAAAUAAGGAUAAAACUAUAAAUUACUACUUAUUUUCUUUUACAUGAAUAUAACUUAAAUUUUGUGCUGCUGGUAUGGAUAUGAUAUUAUCAUGAUUUACUUUAAAUGUAGUCAAAUUCUAGAUUGAACUUAAUUAUUCAAAUACAUGUAUUUAUGUGUUUCAAUUGCAUUUAUAAGAAUAAAUUACUAUUAAGUCCAAUUAUCAUAAA